CCCCUGGGUCGCACAAUUGCCUUACACAGCUUACUUAAUUUACUUAUUAUUCCGAUGAUGUGCGGGCAUUUGACCCGAAAUCACUACAUAGUUAUAUUCCUCGCUCUUAUCUUACAUCUCUGCUACGUGUGAUCCGCUAGGAGAGUUUCCAUAUUUGGAACGCAGGUACAACAUACUUAACUCACAUAAAGGCGCGGUGCUUUUACGAUUUUGGACGCCCCCGAAUUCUGGGAGGCCCUUCUGUUUUGUCUGCUCAUUGCUAUACAUUCCUCUGAAAAUGUCCAAUCGUAUCCUGGAGAGCCGCGUCAAGGCGAAGCUAAAGUCAAGAGAACAGCGAGGGCUCCUCCGACACCUCGAUGCGACUCCCGCUUUGCACAAGGUGCAAUCGGACAGUGGAAUCGAGCGUUUUGGGAACGCAGACUUCAGCUCGAAUGACUACCUAAGCCUGGCAUCCAGCGAUGUGCUGCGGGAAAGGUUCCUAGACGCCCUGAAACAAUACCCUUCUUCACAGAACGGCUCAACCAUGGGCAUCCUUGGUUCGGGUGGCUCAAGGUUGCUAGCUGGAAAUUCUUCAAUGCAUGUCGCUCUUGAGGGGUGCCUCGAAGAAUUCUUUAAUGCACCAUCUGCACUGGUUUUCAAUUCGGGAUACGAUGCUAAUGUUGGACUUUUUUCAACCGUUCCUCAAGCUGGAGACGUCAUCAUAUACGAUUCUCUCAUCCACGCAUCAGUCCAUGAUGGAAUGAGGGCAUCCCGGGUUCAUCCUUCCAUGCGUAGAAAGUUCAAACACAACUCGGUCUCUGAUCUUCGGUCACAAAUUGAGGAUAUCUUCAGAACAUACCCAAGCAUUCGGGAAGGAAAAGCAUGUCUGUUCAUUGCCGUCGAAUCUCUUUACUCCAUGGAUGGUGACUUCGCGCCACUUCAUGAAAUUGUGACUCUUGCGGAGGAACAAUUCCCUUUUCAGAAUGCACAUGUCAUUGUUGACGAAGCCCAUGCCACUGGGAUAUAUGGAAAAAAUGGGAGAGGGUUAGUUUCUUUGCUGCAAUUGGAACAUCGAGUACUCGUCCGAUUGCACACGUUUGGAAAAGCUUUGGCAACUGGGGGGGCCGUUAUCCUGACUACUCCCUGGAUUCGUGAACAUCUAAUCAACUAUGCACGAUCCUUUAUUUAUACCACAUCAUUGCCUAUCUGUAACAUCAUCGCGAUUCAAUGUGUUAUCGACAUGCUGAGAGAAGGUGCUGUUCAAAAUCAAACCGACCAUCUGCUUCACCUUUCAUCGUAUUUUCUCCAAACGUUGCGUAGUCGUCUUGAAUCCACCCCUAAUUCGGAAUCUGUUAUCGUCCUGCCCGAUCAGACGCACACUCGCAAUGGCCAAAUAUAUUCUCCAGGUCAACCUUCCGGCAUGGUCACUGCCUCCUUGGUGUCGCCGAUCAUACCGUUGAUCACGCCAAAUCCCCGGCACACGCCUAACGCUCUGGCCCGAUUUUUGCAAACCGGAGAAAUGGAUCCCUCCGCCACGCCCUUGUUUCAUCAGGUUGGUACUUUGGAUUACACGCCACAACGUCGAUAUCUCGCACGUCAUAUCACACCACCGACUGUUCCUCGUUCUGCUUCUCGAGUACGAAUAUGCAUGCAUGCGGGAAAUACGGAGGAUGAGGUGGAUGGUUUGGUAGAGGCGAUCGUACAUUGGGUCAAUUCAGCUUUCCCACAAGGACUGUCACAUGGAGUAAGCGGAGAACCAUCAAUGUCAGAAGGCCAGCUCGUGGCCAGGCCGAAGUUGUAGUUCGUUGAAGAAGCCUUUACCCAGUUGUUCAGGAGUCCAAUCACAGUCCGUGGAAUGAUUAAUUAUUGGAAAGAUAGUGUGCAUUGCGAAGUGUAUGGUACUUAGGUAUUAGAGUCAUUUAUCCGUAUGUGGGAAAGGAUACACGAAAAUG